ACGUCACUUGUACGUGAACUUUCCAGGAAAUGGAGGAAUGAGUGUGUAGUGAGGGAGGGGAAACUGAAAAGGCGUUUACUGCAAGUUCCACACAGGACGUGAGCGAGGUCUUCCAGUUUAGCGACAACACUUGAAACAAAAAGAUGAGUGACGAAAAUCAACCUGAAGUUGAACUUUUUGUGAAGGCAGGCAGUGAUGGCCAGAGCAUUGGCAACUGUCCAUUCUCCCAGCGCCUCUUCAUGGUGCUGUGGCUUAAAGGAGUCACGUUCAACGUCACCACCGUGGACAUGAAGAGGAAACCAGACAUCCUUAAGGACCUGGCCCCUGGUGCUCAGCCCCCCUUCCUGCUGUAUGGGACGGAGGUGAAAACCGACACCAACAAGAUAGAAGAGUUCCUGGAGGAGAACCUGUCCCCUCCAAAAUACCCCCGCAUGGCUUCCAGGAACCCUGAGUCUAACACAGCCGGCCUGGACGUGUUCUCUAAGUUCUCGGCCUACAUCAAGAAUUCAAACCCCCAGCUCAAUGACAACCUAGAGAAAGGCCUGCUCAAGGCCCUGAAGAAGCUAGAUGACUACCUCGGCUCCCCACUUCCUGAGGAGAUUGACGAGAAUAGUGCUGAUGAUGUCACUUCUUCCUCCCGCCCCUUCCUGGAUGGGCAGGACCUCACUCUGGCCGACUGCAACUUGCUGCCGAAGCUGAACAUUGUCAAGGUGGUGUGUCUGAAGUAUCGUACUUUCUCCAUCCCUAAGUCUCUCUCCAACCUGUGGCGGUACCUGGACGCUGCGUACGCCCGUGAGGAGUUCUCCUCUACCUGCCCCAACGACACAGAGAUACACAUCGCCUACUCAGCCGUGGCUAAAGCACUUAAGUAGGAGGAGAAGGGGAUUCCAUCAGUCACACACACCAGUGAAUACACACCUACACACAUACCUGUACAGACAUCCUACACACCCACCUACGCACAUACACACACACACUAAUGCGCUCAGACACACAUAUUAUUCAACAGCCUUGCUUUAGAACAGGAAAUCAAUAUUACUGUAAGAUCAAGUUGGAAAUAUUUAAUUGGCCAUUUAAGAGUUUGUGAAACUCUCUGAGACUUAUAGUGUAUGGUUCCCUUUUUGUCACAUGCCAUAUCCACUCUUAAUACCGUAUAUUCAGGCAGUUACACACAGUUAAGGUUCUAUACACAGGCAGUAGGUUACAUAUGGUAGCAUCCAACUAAAGGUGUUCAGUCACUAUGAUUAAUUCUGCACUCCAUACAUUGCCACAUUACCAGCUAUUAGUUUCUAUCUCUUGGCCAAGCCUUAAAGAAACUGCUGUUCUGUUGUGAUUACACACAGACACACAUACUUAGACCAGUUUAACUGCUACCUGCAGCUGAAAGAGAGAGGUCUGUUAUAGGCAUGUCUAUAAUUAUACAUUAUUACAGAUAUAUUAUUACAAAGUUGAUAUAUUGUUCAGGGCAAACCGCCUUUAACAUGGUCAGUUUGAAUCAGUUGUUUAUAUGUGCUAAAUGGUCAGAAGUUAGGUUCAGGGAAUAGGAAAGCAGGUCUUGGGCCAGUAGUAGUACAUUGGGGCACACUAUACGGAGUUGUUUCUCAGCACUGUACAGUUACCGACACAGGAAAUUAUUUCAACAGACCGCGGCUUCCCCUUUCUCCGCCUUGUAGCGCUGUGAAGGGUUCAUCAAGUUUAUAUCCCCCCAUUGUAAGUCUCUUUUGCUAUUAGUAAUUGACCUCCAUUCCCCCAUUCAAAGUGAAGGAUAUUUUUUAUACUAUAAAAAAAACUGCGAGAGGCUCAUAAUGCAGGACAGUUGAGUUAUUCCAGACGAAGUAAUGUGGCUAUUGUUGCUGCUUUGUGGGAACUUUAGGUUAUUAAAGAAGUACUUUACUCUGUAUGGCCUUGAGGCACCAAGACGGUUCAGUCACGUUUCACUGUAAAUCUGAGGGAAAACUACAGAAUGUAAUGCAGACAUGCACACAGCUCUUCACAUGACUAAAGCAUAAACGUCACAUUCAUGAAAAAUAGAGAUGCACAUUGCAUAGAUAACUGAAAUCUUCAAGGAGAGAAUGCUACAGGAUUGUGUAUUUGUACUCUUUCAUAUGGUUAUUGACAAUGGAAGACUCAAUCAAACUUGAAAAAAGAGAAGAGUUUGAACCUUUAGUGAGCCAAAUGAAAGGUUUUACUUCAGGUUUAUGGCGCUAGGUGUUGUUUAAGUUAUUUAAAUCAACAACACCUUUGAACCUACUACCGUCCUGUGCUUUGUAGUGCUGAGCGAUUAGUGCUUUUUUAGGUCGGUUCGGUUUCGGUUCGCUUAAUAAAAAAUUAUCAUGGUUUUGAUUAUUUUUUUUAAUAUGAAAUGCAUUAUGAAAUAAUUACGUUACAAUGUUUUAGAGCUUUUUUAGCCUAAAAUAGUCAAUAUUGAAUUUCCAAAACAUUGAAAAUAUUCCAUUGUCUCUGAUCAGAUCCACAUUGGAUAGACAUCAACAGAAAAAUCUGAAAUUACUAUGAAAUAAUAAAAUAUUUCAGUUGUGUAUAUUACUUAGUUUUUAUUUGAUUACUUUAUUAUUUUUUCAUUCUUUAAAGUAAUAAUCUCAUCUCUGCUCAGGCAGUAGCAAUCAGCAAGCCAGGUCAUCUAACAUUAUGUCCGCUCCAUACUGUAUUAUGUCCGCCCCAUACUGUAUGCUGCAGAGCUUUCUGACGAAAUCAUUUUACUAAUUCUUCAAAGUAGAUAAGGCAUACUUUCACGAACUGUCUCUGUCCCUCUCGUCGUGGUCGUACCAAAAUAAGCACAUUGCAUGCGGUUUAUUUUGGACAGAUUUUGGCGAGAGUAAAACUUCUCGCUUCGCCUCUUCAUCUCUGAUCCGUCUGAGCCGGGGAAAAACUGGCGCAAUGUAUUGUGGUCAUUGUAAUGAAUUACGACGUUUCUGCGCUGAACUAGGUUGAAAAUUUGCUUAAUGAAAACUACAACUCCCUUCAGCCCAGCGUCCCACAUAGUUCUUGACAUGAUUUCUUUCCUGAAUGAUUUGAUUUGUCUUUAGAGAAACGACGCGCUGGGCUCACAAAAAACGAACUAAAUGGAAUUCAAGUAAUUGAACCGACUUUGGUCAAUUAGUUGUUUAAUAAGCGGGAAAAAAACGAAAUGUUGGCUAAUUGCUCAGCACUAGUGCUUUGUAGUGUGUAGUGACUUUGAAGAAGUCAUCCAUUUUACAUUGACUUGAAAUUCAGUCACCUGGGAAAGAACUGGAAAUAUUUGUUUGGGCUCUAUUCAAUCCAUAUCGCGGAAGUUCAGCGGUACAGCGUGAUUGAAAUGUAAUGUAAAGGCAAUGUACCUUUGAAUUUCUAUUGCGCAGUCUGUAACACAGCGAUAUAGAUUGAAUAGAGCCCUCAGACUGACUGAUAGAUGGUUCAGUCUCAUGGUAAUGAUUUAAGUGGAUCAGCUUACAACAGCUUUGUGCAAACAGAACCUAGAUAUUUUGUAUGUCUUCCAGGGUAAGGUUUUGUAAGACUAUCACUAAGUGCAAUUCACGAUAUUGAAUAGUACAAACAUGAAGAUGUCAUUUGCAACAUAUUUAGCAUCUGAGUUGGCAUUGUUAUGUCAACUAUUUUAUACAGUCGCAUCCUCAACCCGUGGGAUGAGUCUGUAGUUUAAAACCCAUACAUGUCCUCCACAGCUGAUAGAUAAGAAAAUUAUUAAUUAAACCCAUUAUUAUUUUUACAUGACUGAAUUAUUUGUUAUUGAUGUUAUUUGGUUUCUAUGGACCAACUUUUACCGGACAAUUGUCUAUAGUCCUGCUGUCAUUACUAUUUGUCAAAAGGGACCAAGUCUUCAUUUCAAUGUUGCCUGUUGUAUUCUGUUAUUUUCCUUUAUUGAAGCUUGCAACAGUUAUUUUUUACUUCCUUUUACUGUAAGAUUAGUGAUGACUUCAGGGACUUUUUACAUUCCUCUUUAAUUAUUCUUUAAUGUAUUAUCCUCCUCCUUUACUUCUUCUCCAUUUCAUACAUAUCUAUUUUCCAUCUUUAUCCCCUCCUCCUCAAACCCAUCCUAAUUCUUUGAAGACCCAUCUUCAUUUUUGUUGUUUAUUUUCUUCCUACUUUUGAUGCAUUCUUUCCUCCACAUAUGUCAGCUCUUUACUUCACCUUCAAUUUUAUUCGAAGGCUGUUGCACUUAACGUAGAUUAUGUUGUGGACAUUGAGUCAAUUACAUUUCAUUAGAUCUCUAUUGAUGAUGACAAUCAAACUUAGUAUGAGACUGAAAUGUAUUUUAUUUCUUUUGUAGGUUUUAAUCAUCCUGAAAAGACAGUCAUUUCUUAAUUCCAAUAAGGUCAAAAUAAAAACACAAUUGGUUACUGUUUCUUUACUUGUUUGUUUAUGAAUUGCUGCCAAUCCUUUUUCAACAAAGUUAUGCUUAAUAUAGCACCAUAGAAAAGUAGAAAUGUUAGAAAGCCAUGUUAAACAUAAUUUAAACAAAAGUUCUGAUACAUUAAUGCAGUGGAUUUGAUCUACAUGUGGAUUAUGUUUCGCACACUAGUUUCAUUUUCAUUAAAACUGUGUGAUAUGUCUCAACAGACACAUUACUCAUUUCUACCCUCA